AUGAAGCCUGCUCCAACUGCUCCUUCGGGGCGAUCUGUGACGCCCAGAGUGGGCGCUGCGUGUGCCCGUCGGAGUGCGUGGAGUCGCACCAGCCCGUGUGUGGCAGCGACGGCCACACCUACCAGAGCGAGUGUGAGCUGAACGUGCGGUCCUGCACGGAGCAGGUGGAGCUGCGGGUGGUCAGCCAGGGAGAGUGCAAAAAGUGCGGCAACACCGUCUGUAGCUUUGGUGCCUGGUGUGUGGAGAAAAAGUGCGAGUGCCCGCAGUGCAGUGGAGAGGCCAGCGCCCCGGUGUGUGGCAGCGACGGCAUCACCUACAGCAACGAGUGUGAGCUCAACAGGUCCGCCUGCGAGCAAAAGAGGAAAAUUGAUGUGGUGAAGCACGGCAGCUGUGAGGAAGAAUGUGGCUCGGGGGCAUCUGGCUCCGGAGUGGAGAGCUGCGAACAGGAGCGCUGUACGACAUACGAAGGGAUUUGGAACGAGGAUGAAGAGGAUGAACGCUGCAUCUGCAGCUUUAACUGUGACAGCGUGCCACUCAACGAGGUCUGUGGCUCAGAUGGGAAAACCUACCGGAACGAGUGCGAAAUAAAAAACACCAAAUGUUUGGAAAAGAGGCUCUUGUUGGUUCAGAGUCAGGGUCCCUGUGCAGAGAAUUAUGUUACGUCUCCGACGGAGCUGACGGCGCUGCAGCACUGCGGCCUCUCUCCGUAUGGCUGCUGCUCCGACAACAUCACCGCCGCUCUAGGGGUCGGACAGGCCGGAUGUCCCAGCAUCUGUCAGUGUAACGUCCACGGCUCCUACAAAGGCUCCUGCGACCCAACCAGCGGCCAGUGCUCCUGUAAGCCGGGGGUCGGCGGGCAGAAGUGCGACCGCUGUGAGCCGGGCUUCUGGAACUUCCGUGCCAUCAUCACUGACGGCAUGAGCGGCUGCACGCCGUGCAGCUGUGAUCCCACCGGCUCGGUCCGGGAUGAUUGUGAGCAGAUGUCGGGCCUGUGCUCCUGCAAGACGGGGGUGAAAGGCUUGAAGUGCAACGUGUGUCCAGAUGGAAGCAGGAUGGGCAUGAACGGCUGUGACCACGGCCCUGAUACCCCGACAUCAUGUGAAAAGCUGCUCUGCAGUUACGGCGCCACCUGCCAGGAGGAAAACGGCCAGGCGCACUGUCAGUGCCCGCCGCCCGACUGCGACUUAAGAAACAAGACAAAGGUGUGCGGCUCAGAUGGGGUGACCUACGCUGACCAGUGCCAGCUGAGGACCAUUGCCUGCAGGCAGGACAAGGACGUUACCGUGCAGCACUCUGGACAGUGCACAGAAAGCAUCUCUGACCCGGCAGACCGACCCACCCCCAACCCUCUGCCCACCACCCUCAGCCCAGCCUCAACGGCCGUCAUCACUACCACCCCCGACCCCUUCAUCUCUAACAUGGUGUAUGCCAUCCCGCCUCCAAUGACGGCCCAGCCAGCGUCCAUGGAGACCCCCGACACCACCGCCGUCCUUUCCACCUCCACCCCUGGUCACGUUCCAUCCAAUCGCAUCCAGCCGUCUGCUGCCAGCACGCUGGGCCCCCUGGAGGGCUCGGGCAGCGGCGACCCGAGUGGUGACGAAGAAGAAGAGGAGGACGGACGGGAUGAGGAUGUUGGUAGUGGCGUCCAGUCGGAGGCCAGCGGUUCAGACGAUUCUGGCGGUUCGCCAGUGGCAGGUUCUGCUGCUGCCACUGCCGAGGAGAGGUCCUCCUGUGACAACACAGAGUUCGGCUGCUGUCCCGAUGGAAAGACCCCGUCCAGCACCCCAGAGGGCGCCAACUGCCCCCGUAAGUCGACAUGCAGCGCCCUGAAGAAGAGCACUUCCUCUAACCUCAGACCUGCUGUCUGUCUCUGCUCUGUUUUAACUGUCUUUAUUGAAGCAUCUCAACAGAUUAGAAGAUAGUUGAAAAAUCAAUUUCUGUAAGUCUGUUCAGAAACUGUAGCUUCCAUUACACACAGUCAUUAAACACAGAUUAAUUUAGUUCAUCCAUGUAUUCCUGUUAACCUGAAAACCCCAAAUUCACCAAUCAAAUGCCUGGAGGAACGGCGGAGCUCAUCAGGCCAAACAUUUCAGGUGCGGAGGUUUAGUACAGAGAUGUUGUGUGAAGGCAGAGCAUCAAAAAGAGCAGGAGCUUCUUAAAGACACAGACGCACAAUUUCAAGAUGUCAAUUUGCUAAAUCAGAUUAAGCUAUGUUUGAUAUAUGCAGCAGCGAGCAUAAUUAGUCGAUUGUGCUAUAAAAUGGAACUAUUUGGAAAACAUAUAUGAUUCUGCCCCUUUAUUGAACUUUGCUUCACAUCCCUUGCUUACGCUUUUCCUUUCACUCAACUUUUCGUUGUUAUUUUUACAUACAGAAGUCUGUGAACAGAAAGCGUCUUAAACAAUUAGCUUUGUUGUCUUCUCCUCCUUGUGGAGGACCAGCAGUCUUCUCCAUGAUUGUGAGGCUGAAACUCAAUGUUUCUCUGAUAAAAUAAUUUUUUCUUUUAAUCAGUAAUAUGCAAGAUUUUUCUGAUAAAUUGAAUAUCGUCAUGUGUGGAAUGAAUCUGUUUUAAACUGAAUCACUGAGACAGUUUAUUGGUAUUGUAAUGAAGUGAGAUGUUCUUGAACAUGCCUUUGGUUCAUAGUUCAUGUCUGCUGCAGCUGGCUGACAUUUAAAUGAUUUAAUCAGAUUAAAGGAGAUUGUUGCCCCUCUCUAACUCCAUGAGUGCUGCUGAGUGUUGCUUAUUUUGCCACAGCUGAUGAAGAAUUGACCAAACACUGAUGAAUGUUGAGCAUGUGUGUGCAGCGUGACCUUCAGUUUGCGAUGCUCCAAAUAAAAUAGAAAAACGGCCUGGCGUUAAGAGAAGAGCGUAUGAUCAAUAAAAUGAAGCAAAUCACAUCAAGGGCAAACCUGGCUCAAUGCUGGCUGGGUCUGGGGAAUUCCUGCCACUGCCAGGAGGGGGAGACGGUCUGUGGGUUAGCAGAGGUCCUUCUUAUAUUUUGUUUUUAUAAAAACAAACGUUUUGCAUGUUGAGUGAAAGGAUUUUUUUGCUACUCCAUCUGCUUCUAACAGAGAGAACAGGUGGUCUGUUUUGACUCUGCACAUUUUAAAUCCUCUGAUUUCUAUAGAUUAAAUUCUAAUUGACAGCUGGUUGGAGAUGUUGUUGGUCUUAAUGAAGCUUUGUUUGUUAUAAACAUGUUUACAUCUGCCCAUCAUGAUGUUUUCAUUUUCAGUGAUGCAUUUCAGUGGCUUUUAUUUCCUGGUGAUGAUUUAACAAAUAGUUUUAAUGAGUUGUACCAGUUUGAAUUUACUGCAGAUUUGAGGGAUUGUUCCGUCUGUUCUUGUCUGACAUUGUUAAUUAAUUUAAAUUGGUUGGUUUUUACUCAUAUGUUGAACAUGUUUCCAGUCAGCACAUUGAACAGGUUUGAGGUCAGGCCAGAGCAGAAGCCUCAUGUUAACCUGCUGGUUUGUCUGUUUGGGAUCAAACACACGACCCUAACCUGCACUCUCUGAGAGAGCUUAUUCAGAUUCAUUAUGAUUAACUGAUUAUUGAAAUAAUUGUCUAGUAAUUUAGUAACCAAUGAACGAUUAACUGGACUAUACAAACUAAGAGAAUCAAUUUUGCUGAAAGAACAAUACAUCCUCAGCAAUGAUUCAGCCAAAACUGUCAAGAGUUCUACCCAUAACUCUUUUAGUGGCAAAGUUUAUCUUCACCUGGUUCAAAUUAUGUAAAAAAAAAAAAAAAUCCUAUUAAGCACCUUUUGCUAUCCAAUUAUUAACCAGUUAAUCCAAAGAGUAGAUCAUCUCUCCACUACACUGAUGUUAACCCAAGCAGAAAGCUGAACUCUUGACAUGUUGAUGUUAAAAGUAUUUUUUCGCUGCAGAUGCUUCCUUUGCUACAAAUGAUAGAGCAUUCACUAAGGAACGUAACAACAGGUUAAUUUUCUUAUUUAAAAAAGGAAAGGACAUGAGCUUGUAAUUUCAUAUGCUCAGUUUUUGCUGGUCGCUGAGAUGAUAUGAAUGGAGAGGGAUCGACAUUGAGCUCUUAACUCUCUGCCUGUUUGGAUGAGAGGAAAUCCACAGUAAACACAAUCUUCUGCACCUAGAGAAAAACAAUUAUUCAAAUCUCUCUCAUAGGGCCUAAAUGAUAGUACAAUUCCAUGCACAUCAUGAAAUCAGACAAAUGUUACAUUUUGGUUCCACUUUAUUUAAUGCGGACCUGUAUUUUGGCUUCCAUGUGUUUCUGCUUUGCCUUUCAUUCAGCUCUUCUUCAUCCCUUGCUACUCACAGAUACUUUACCUUCACCAUUGGCUCCCUGAGCCACCUCUCGCUCUUUCAGCCUCAGCCGAGUCAAUCUCAAACCACUCUUGCAUCAGCUCAUUUCUCUUUGGAGUUGAGCGCAGGGAGAGCCAAGACUACCAGAGGGCGAGCAGCGCCGUUGUACCAAUCAGUGCUUUCUGCCACAGCCCAUUCAUGAAGAUAAAGGGUUUCUUUUUCCCCACUCGGCUAGAGAGGCAAGCCUCUCCAGCCUUUGACUCCCUCCAGCUCCCCGCCUCAGUCUGUCCCCAGUGCUGGGUUAUUUGACGGAUUGUGAAAAGAGGGAUUCUCUCGGCUCCCCAGGGAGCUCUAGGUCACAACUUGCGAGAGUCGAGGCCACAAAUUAGAGUGAGGAGUUGCAUUUCUGGCGUGCGGAAGGUCUGAGAGCCUCCUAGUAAACCAGCAGAGUUUAUAGCCUUUACAUGAUCUCAAGACGCGACCUUCCAUGUUUGUUUCGGCUGCAGAAUUUAUAGCUAAACAAAGGCGAGGGAGGAAUUCAGUGACCUUUGACUUUGUGUGAAAGCAGGUUUUAGCUGGAAGAUGAACAUUACAACAAAUCAUCCCAAAGCUUGUAAAUAUUUAUCUCGGCAAACAAAAGACGGUGCAGCGGCGAUCAAUACUUCAUUCAGCUCAAGUGUUCCCAAUAAAUUCAGGCUGAGUGAUUGAUUGAUCAAUACGCCUGGAUCUUUUUCCCCUGUAAGACAGCCUUGGGUGAUCUUCCCCUCAUUAGUAAUGAAAUGACACAUCCCUCAAUGCUUCGGCUGCUGUCUCAUCAAGCAGUCUAGUUUAUUGAUAUCUGCUACAGUGACAGAAGAAGAAGGACUAAUUAUUUAUUGUUCCACAUUUUAUUGAGACAUCACAUGCUGAAGUCAACACUGAGAGUCUCGUUUUGGGCAUUCGUCGACCUUGGAGAGUGUAAACUAUGGAAAUCUUUCCCUCCAUUUUGUCUCCUUACAGCCACAAGCUUGAAUGAUUUUGUUUGAGUUUUAUGUGAACGAAGUCUGGAACGGUUGUGAAGAGAAAAGGAAAACUUUGAAUCUUUUGAGGCUUUCCACAUCUACAAAAUAAAAUGAUUGCAGAAUAAGUUAGCCUUAAUCAGUCAGUUGAAGUUUUGCAAUAGAUUCUUAGGGCAUUUUCACAUCUGAUAGUUUGGUACUCCCUGUUGGAUUGAGGUGAAAACUGCAACAUUUGUUACAUUUCAGCUGGUGUGGUUCACUUUCACACUGCACCAUGUCAAACAUCCAAACCAAUUAAAAAACAUGUUUCCCUCCUCGCCUGUGGGGGCGCUACACCAAGAACUACUCAAAGAAACGACACAAAAGCCU